AUGCAAAGCGACGAUCGAGAACAUUCCAGCAAGUGCCAGAAUGAAGCAAUGGGUUUGCUAGUUAACUUGCGAUAUAUACUGAGAGUGCGCAUAUUUCUAAGACUGUUGAAUUUUGUUAAAUUUUCACAACGAGUAACAGAAAUGGAAGAACGUACUGAACUACGCCACGACUUACAUGAAUUGCGAAGUUUGCGUUCCAUUGCAUCACGUAAAAUGACGAAAAGUAUGCUAGAUGAAAAGAUCACGGAAAUUGAAGGCAAGAUAAAAGCACUAGAAGCAACGAAUAAUAUUGAUGGAUGUGGUGAUGUACCGGUUUUGAAACAAUCGAGGACGGAAGUUGCAUCUUCGAAUACUGUACCGUUGGCAACAGUGAAAAUUACUAAUUAUGCUUGGGAUCAAAGUGACAAAUAUGUGAAGCUUUACCUUACUAUUCCAGACAUACAUACUGUUCCGGAAGAACAAAUUACAGUCAACUUUACAGAAAGUGAGGUGCAUGUUAAUGCUCAUGAUGUAUCUUCAAAAAAUUACUCUUUAAUAAUAAAGGGUUUAUUGAAAACAAUCAACCCAUCCGGCUCUUCUUUCAAGCAAAAACGAACCUUCUGUUGA